ACACACACACACACACACACACACACACACACACACACACACACACACACACACACCUGUGCGUUAUCAGUUAGAUCAGAGGAAGAUGCUCCUUCCUGCGCUCCUGGCCGUCUGGACUUCCCUGGAGCUCGGUUUGGGUUGCCAGCUCCCCACCCAGUGGAGACCCCUGAGCGAGGCUUGUCGCGCAGAGCUCGCUGAGAUCAUCGUGUACGCCAAGGUGCUGGUUCUUCACCCCGAGCCGCACUACGCGCGGGGUUACGCCGCCGGUCACCCGUACGAGUACGAGCGCGCUGAUGUGGACGCGCUGCUCUACACGGCGGAGGUGGAGAUGUUGUGUGACCAGGCGUGGGGCAGCAUGCUGGAGGUCCCCACGGGCUCGCGCCUCAACGUCACUGGCCUCGGAUACCUGUCGUGCCAGUCGCACGCGGUGAUGGAGAACUACUCCUACAUUUUCUUCCUCAGGAUGGAUGAAAAUUAUAACCUCCUCCCCCACGGAGUUAACUACCAAGACGCCAUCUUCCCCGACACCCAAGAGAACCGACGCAUGUUCUCCAGCCUGUUCCAGUUCUCCAACUGCUCCAGCAUACACACAUUUCACAGCUUCAGUCCUGAUUGGGAGCACCAGGAGGAUCACAGGUUGCUGUGUUCGUCCGUGCAGCAGGUGCUGUUUGAAGAGGAGGAGCGUGCGGGCCGUCUGCAGGAGCGCGUCACUGAACUGGAGAAGAAGAACCAGAAGCUGAAGGAACGGGUCGGGAAGCUGAAGCGAUCGCUUCGCAAAGAGCGUAAAACGAGCAGCCGUUACGAACGUGAGCUUCAGGAGCUCCAGCAGCGUCAGAGCGCCAUCAAGAAGACUUCAGAACAUCACCUCAACUCCAUCGCUCCUCCACACAGGCUGUCACGCCACAAAUACACACACACGCUGUGAACACACUCAACAUCAUCCGGACUUGACACUGCUGGACAGUAUCUUUUUCUUUUCUUUUUUCUUUUUGAAGUAGAGUAGAGAGGGUGAAAAACUGCUCACCCUUAGCAUUGAAGGAACGCAAGAGAUUUUAGAUCGUACGUUUAUUCAUUUAUCUUCAGAGUUGUAGUAGAUUUGGAGCGUUUACUGGGACCACUGGAUGAGGUGGGAUUACACCCAGGACAUCAAAGGGUAUCAUACACACUGUGUUUUUGGGAGUUGGGAGAAAACCUGGAGAAAACAUACACUAUAUGGACAAUAGAUUGUGGACACAUGAGCAUUAGAUGUACUUUUUGAACAUCCGAUUCCACAUUUAGUCUCCAUUUAAUGUUAUACAUGUAAUGACCAUGUUCCAUUCUUCUGUGAAGAUCUUCCAAUAGAUUUUGGAGAGUGUU